UGCUUGUACGUCGGCGGUCGUGCCGUGUCGUGUCUUGGUCGCGUAUACGCCGUCGUGUGUCCCAUUUUCAUCCUUUUUCUUGCUCUUCUCUCUUUCAUUCGUGCUCGUUCGGUCGCGCGAACGAGAAAUCAGCCAGUGUUUAGUGCCAGUGUUUGUCUACCUCAGUCGAUUAGUGGCAGCUAACGGCGAAAAGCUGCAUUAAAAGAUAUUUAGAAGAGAAAAAUAUAUAUAUAGAUAUAUAAUAUAUAGUAUAAUAUAUAUAUAUAUAUUGAACAGUGGUAAACCGCGGCAACAAUUGUUGUAAAUAAUCCCCAUCGGUUCUUGUGUGAGAUUUACAACGAACUAGACGUAAUCAUGUCCAUGGAUAAGUUCGCUGAGAGUGGCAUGUUGCAGAAAGAAAUGGAGCGUUUGGAAAUCGAAGAGAAAAACGGCGAUACCACGAGUGGUGCCGGAACCAAGAUUCUCGUAAGCAAUUUACCAAGUCACGCCAGAUUGGAGGACAUCGAGGUUUUGUUUGGAAACUGUGGUCAGCUGCAGUCCGUUGAGAGGCUGUCCACGCGCGACCCUAACACACAAACCGUUCUCGUUGUCUAUGAGACGCCAGAACAAGCACAGCAGGCUGUGAACCAGUUUAAUGGCCACGAGUACGAGGGUAACCCGCUAAAAGUGGAAAUGUCUACGGCGGAGAGCCGACGAAGAGGCCGCAGCCAGCGCAGCGGCGUCGCCUACUCCGGAGUAUCGGGUUCCGGAAGGCAGACCGACUUUCCGCUUCGCAUCCUCGUACAAUCGGACAUGGUAGGCGCCAUAAUCGGUCGUCAGGGAUCCACCAUACGUCAGAUCACUCAGAUGACGCGGGCUCGAGUCGACGUUCACCGAAAGGACAAUGUCGGCGCCGCGGAAAAAGCCAUCACCAUCUAUGGCAAUCCGGAGAAUUGCACGAACGCCUGCAAAAAGAUCCUGGAGGUCAUGCAGCAAGAGGCUAACAGCAUAAACAACAAGAGCACCGAGAUCACUCUAAGGAUCCUCGCACACAACAACUUGAUCGGCCGAAUAAUCGGAAAGGGCGGCACCACGAUCAAGAGAAUCAUGCAAGACACAGACACGAAGAUCACCGUGAGCAGCAUCAACGACAUCAACAAUUUCAAUGUUGAGCGUAUCAUCACAGUGAAGGGCACCAUCGAGAACAUGAGCAAAGCUGAAUCCAUGAUCUCCAGCAAGUUACGGCAAAGCUACGAGAACGAUUUACAGGCGAUGACCCCUCAAAGCAUGAUGUUCCCUGGUUUGCACCCAAUGGCCAUGAUGUCCACGGCUGGCAUGGGAUACAGCUCACGUGGUCCCGCUUUGUAUGGUUCCGGACCAAUCCCAUAUCCCUACCAAGCCAGCUUGCCGACUCAACAGGGCGUACCUACCGCUGACACUCAAGAAACUGUCUUUCUUUACAUUCCUAAUAGCAGCGUAGGCGCCAUUAUCGGUACCAGGGGUUCGCACAUCAGAAACAUUAUUAGAUUCUCCGGAGCCAGCGUGAAAAUUGCACCGCUCGAGCAAGACAAGCCAGCGGAGCAACAGACUGAGAGGAAAGUGACUAUCGUUGGAUCGCCAGAAUCUCAAUGGAAGGCACAAUACUUGAUUUUUGAAAAGAUGCGAGAGGAAGGAUUCGCUUCCGGUACCGAUGAUGUGAGACUGACAAUUGAGAUUCUGGUACCGAGCGCCCAAGUUGGUCGAAUCAUUGGCAAAGGCGGACAGAACGUUAGAGAAUUGCAACGCGUAACCGGAAGUGUCAUCAAGCUAUCGGAACAGCAGUCUACAUCCCCUUCUGUCGACGAAGAGGCCACCGUCCAUAUAAUUGGCCCCUUCUUCUCUGUUCAGUCGGCACAGAGAAGAAUCCGCUCUAUGGUCCUGCAGCCCGGUACAUCUGGAGCGGGUGCUGGCUCGCGCGCUGGUCGUGGUAGCAGCCAGGAGGGCGGUCCUCGUAGCAGAAGAGAUGACAGUGCCACGUCUCAGCAGGGCGGCACGACAACGACACAACAGCAGUCAAGUUCAUCGCCAUCUAGCCAGCAGCAGCAACCGCAAAAUCAGUAACGUCACUGAAACUUUACCUGACGCCGACCAACGCCUCACAGAAUCCGUUUUAUUCGCCGGGGUGGCCUCGUCGCUUUGACAUUCUCUCGUCUACGAGAGGCUACGUGCCACAACCUCCUUCUCGCGAGGCACGUGACCUUUGAGAUUACUCGCGGAGCGGCCGAGCGAUGCGCACAUUGCAUUCGUGCUGGGCACACGCGAGACCUUACCAUCGAUAUGUCAGCAUGUCACGCAAUAAUAGCCCAUAUUCAUCAACAGCAUCCAUUUGAUUCAGAGGACGCGACGGGUCGGACACACGGCAGGGUACACGAUCGAUGGCGUUUCUUUCCGUCUUCUUUCCAUUUAUUUUUUUCUUUCUUUUGUUUAUUUCAAUUAAUUCGUACGAGCACAUCGAAAGUAGUGAUGUUUCGUGUAAACACAUAGCGAAGUAAUCGUUUUUUUUUUCUUGUAUUGUCAGUUCUCCAGACGGGGAACAAACGAAAAAUCAUCAUUGUUCGAUCAUCGCCAUCGACCGUGACCACCUAGCAUCGCGUCGCCAUUACACCACUUUUCGAGCAACUCGCGGCUCGAAGCGCGGACAGGCGUGCGAACGCGACGCGAGCACCGUGUGCUACGAACCAAAUGGAAGAAGCGUCUUCUAGAGAAAACGUGUCACGCGCGAGACGACGUGAGAGAGUGAGAGAGAGUGAGGGGAAGCAAGUUCGUUCUCUGCCGCCCGCGUCCUUUUCUUUUACGAGCAGACUAAACGGUAUAGAAGCUCGACUCACCUGCGCCCGAAAUAAAUCCACAUGAAAUACACUCAGGAUACACGCAUACAGACAGGAUAUACGCAGAUCGUUCUCUCACCUCUUCUACGCGCGGUCGCGUGGCGUUUCGUCGCGAGCUCGCUCGAAUCGGGGGUCGAAGCGACGGGUGAGACUCGGAACGAAUCGAUUUUGCAGCGUUAAAACGAAACCACCUCGUCGAUGAAACCGGAUCUAUAGAAUACGAUGAUAAGAAAAAAAAACAAAGCAUACACAACCUUAUUACCUCAUUCAUUAACGGUUAAAGAUUAACUAAUGAUAAUGAAAAGCGAAACGAGAGAAAUGAUAAAAAACCAACUAAUCUAAAGAGAAAAAAACGAUGAAAGAAGUCUACCUACCUAAUAUUAAAGUUAUAAUAAUAUACAGAGAGAGGGAGAGUGAGAGAGAGAGAGAGAGAGAGAAAGAGAGAGAGAGAGGAUAAGUAACGAUUACACAUUACGUUAUACAUGUUACUACUACUGCUAAUAAAACUACUUACUAUUACUGCUCACCUCCCACCAAGUACAAUACGGGCAAGCGCGAGUCUCGUUGUUACCAGAGUUGCAAAUGAGGGCGUCACCGUGCGGCACGCAAUUGUCAGCUCUGGCGACAACGCGAUUCAUUCCGCCAUGUUGUACCACCACGGGUAGGUGAUUUUUUCUUUUGUUCUGUUGGUUACGCAAAUACACACACACACACACACACACACAUACACACAUACACAAAAAAGGAAAAAAUGGUACUCACCUCAGGGUACAGAUCUUUUAUACAACACACAAUUCAGAGACAGUUGCAGAACAGAGAACGAUAAUGAAUAACAGAACUCUAAAUCGAUAUCGAGAGAACGCAAACGAAAACGGUCUACAGUUGUUUUUAGACGUAAGCCAGGAAAGAUUUGCAAAACAGACGCUCCUCAGCUCCCCCGCUUGUCCGUGCCCCCUCCCCCCUCUCCCCCGUCUCGCGCCGUUAUAAUACCAAAGAAGCGAUUACGAGUUCUUUUCGUAUUAGUGAAGAGAAGAUGACGGGUGGCAGCGCGCGCGCGCUUGCGUGAGUGUUUGGUCGAGCGCCCGCGCCGCGCCGUACUCGCCUCAAGUUCCUUGCAAGAGCCAACAGCGAGAGGGGGUGUGUGGUGGUGGUCAGAGGGACGCCGUGUGCGCGCGUCCACCGGUGAAUCGACGAAUGGUGUUAUUGAGGUCGGGCACGCGGCUUGCAACGCGGAAGGGAGAAGCGGAGAAGCGAGAUGAUGAAGGAAACCGACGCAAUUGUCAAAGAGAAAUAACUGAGAAACGGCAUCCGGGUCGCUUUGGCCGAGGCAGUGAGAUGAUUUGAUCGGCAUCAUAUUAGACGGGACCGGAAGGAAGGGAGGGGGGGGGGGAACUAGCAUAACCUCCGGACAGCGGUUCUGUGAAAAUACAGUUUGUUUUUUUAAAAAAUAAGCACGCGAGAAGAUGGCCGUGCUACGUUUUUCGUGCGACGAGAAGGACGUUCCAGAGAGAGAAUGAAAAAGCGACCGUUCAGGGCGAAACGCUCGAAGAUUAUAUAAUGGUGUUGCGACGCGGUGUACGACCGCGAAGCGAAGACGUACAGGGAGGUCAGAUGACACAUGAGACACGAGGGAGAAUGGGUUUAAUAAGGCAAAGCGACAAAACUUUUUCAGGGAUUUUUACUUUACCAUGGAUGUAAUAGUGUGUGAGUGUGCGUGUGUUGAAUAAUACUAUUAAUUGAUAAGCGAUUAAUUUACUGAUUAAGCGUAUAUAGACGGCAAAGGGAAGCGCGAGAUUUAGGCUUAUCGAGGAAACUAAAGGAAACACGGAGGAACCGCGCGCGGCCUAGAGGUGUGGAGAACGGUGGUUUCUUGGACGCGGGAGUGUGUACAGUGCCGUGAAACGAAUCGUGCAGUCACACACGGUGAGGAAUCGUGGAAGACGUUGCUCGGUGCGAUGCACCAUGUUGUAUCUUAGGGUUCCAUGACGUCGCCGUUCUCCGCCUCGCGACCGCGCGAACACGUGGAUAUCGUCAGCGAGUUGCUACAACGACCGAUCGAGAACGCGAUUUUUUUUUCACGAAACUCAAUCUCUCGAUAAUCUUUUUGUAAAUUCUAUAAUUUUUUCUUCUUUUCUCCUGUUUUUUCCUCUUCCUGUAUUAAUUACGAUAGAUAAUGUAGUUGGUAUAGAGGUUAAGGUAUAUAAAUAUGCGCGUGUUCAGUGCCCGUCGAUAGCAACUCGCAGCGAUAUUGCGACUCCGUAAUCACGCGUAUCGUUCCGCUCGUUUUAUUCAUUCUUAGCUCGGGAAAAUGCGCGAAAUCCGUUCAUUUGGGCCUGAACCGUUGAUCGGUGGAAUCUGAAGACAACAGACACUCCUAUCGAUCGUUUAAGUCGAAGCUCAAUUGGCCGUCGUUCGUACAUUUAUCCAGUGUCCGAGGACCGAUCGAAUGAGCCGAGCGAUAAGUAUACCGUCGAUCGCAACAAUUCUGAACGAGGAUGAUCGAGGAAUUGGUCUUUUUAAAAGGAAACUUGUUACUAAAGAAUUUAAAUCGAGAAAUAAAAGUAUUCGCGUACCGCUCGCAAGGGAGCGAUGUUCCAGCCUCGACGGAAUUUACACGCGAUCGAUCGGGGGCGAGACUCGUAACUUUUAAGUUCUGGUUUUAAAGGAAAAUCCAAUCGAAAUCGAAAAGAUCGAUCGCGUAUGAAACUGACUAGGAGCUUGAGAACACAGUGAAAUCUGACCGAACGGGCUGCCAGUACCCGUUCGAUGAUCUAUAGGAGUGACAAAGAUAUGAACAAUCGAAAAAUUGACGGACUGACGAGAGACGUCCGAUACCGUGCCACGAGGAGUUUACCCCAUGAAAUCGAGCAUUCGUUCUCCUCAUUCAUCUGAUGGAUGUA